ACCACAGACUCGAACCAUCGGGCUCAGUGUCUGGUGCACCUGCCAAUCGAAGGAAAGGCUCUCGUUGCGUCCGAAGAUACGAACACGCACCUGAAUCCGAGUGAUUUGUGACUGUCGAUCGGCGACCGUCUAGUUGUACAGAGUUAUACGCCCUCGAUCGUUUUCGAGGUGACCCUCUGCCGGCCGCGCACUUGCUCUCGAGGCAGAUCAAUCGGACAUUGCGAAAAAUCAGUGCAACUACCCCAAUUCAUCAGUGAAUUAUUACCAGAUUAAUCGAAAUUAAUUCCAGUAUCAAUUCUUUAUAAAUUACCACCUACGUGAUUUAUUUGACGUCAAGUGUAACGUGAUUUUCGCAUAUUGAAGUGCGAAGGACUAUAUUAAGUUGUUGGUGCUAUCAAGAAGCAACUGUUUGUGUUGUUUUAAUCAUAGGAUGGAUAUUUAAGUGAUUAUAAUGGAUACAGAAAGCCCAGUUGUUUGGCCUUCUUGGUGUUACUCAGGAGAACCAGUCGUACCUCAGAGUCUCGAUGCCAGUUCGCCCAAAUUAAUGAGAAGAAAAAUGGACAGGUCUAUGGUUUCAAACUCCGGAAUGGCGUCAGACUAUUCGAAUAACAACAAUCUGAACAAUAACAACAACAACAACAACGUAAAGAAUGAAAGACUGAGCCCUGGCACACCUGAUACCUCCAGUAGAUCUCCCACAGUGACACCAUCAUCUGCCUCCCACCCUGGCACUCCCCCCUCCAACGAGCAACUAGCCUUCGCUGGGUGCAGGAAUUAUAGCGACUUUAUGAGGACUCUAGCUGCCAAAUACCAGGCGAAUGACUACUUCAGCGCGGCAAGAAAUGGCUUACCACCUCCCCCACACCCUCGCCUGAAACCGCCCCCUUUCCCCAUGAUGCCAAAUCUACCCCAGCUGCCACCGAGCAAGGAAAACGAUCUCAACAGACCCAAGCCAGACUACGUGACCCUCCUAAACCCCCUGAUGAACAACACGCUCUAUCCUCCGAUAAUGGACAUGACCGCGACGCAAGCUUUAGUGACGCUACUGAAGAACGCCGCCGAUGACGAGAACCAGAAUUUGCUCAAACAUGUGCGUGCCAACCAGGGGACCAAGCGGCCUGAGGCCGUUUCUCCUUUGGACCUGUCAGCUGGAGCUCCUGUGGUGAAGAGGAUGAGGCAGAAACAGAGCAGCACGAGCAGUUCUAGCGGGGGCUUGGUUUUGCCGAAGAGGGCGCAGUCCGAAAGCCCCAUGUUGGCCGAGGAUUUCAAGAAUUGGUCGGUGGAUGAGGUGGCAAGCUUCGUGGCUAGCAUAGAUAUAUGUGCAGAGUACGCUUCGCUUUUCAAGGAGCAAUGUAUAGACGGUGCUGCCCUUCCUCAUCUCACUGAAGAUCACCUGAUCACCAAAAUGAAGAUGAAAAUCGGUCCAGCGUUGAAGCUGCGAUCCAUAGUGGCCCAAAAAGCUGGUUCCUGUCACUCGUGCCUGCAUUGCGUACAAUGUCACAAAUCCUCGUCAUCCCCAGAGCCGGCGACGAUCAAAGGAAAUUUUUCGGAUUCUGGAGGGUCGACUUCCUGAGGAACUCGCUCAGAGACGAAACUCAGCCUUUUGUAAAUAUCUUCACUCCACUUUCUCUAAUUGUGAUAAGUUCCUCUUCGACGCUCAAAUAGAUAAUCCACGAAAUUCUAUGUACGAAUGUUAUCAAAUUAGUGAAAGAAUUGUAUUGCGCCUUCUAUAGAAGGCAUAAAAAAAUUGUUCUUAUGUGAUGAUAUAAUUGAUGCGAAUAAAAUUGUUCCUGUUUCCUGUAUAAGACAAUAAAUCGAAAAGCUCAACGGAGACUAUUUUGCAAUAUUUAUAUACCUAGUGUAUAAGAGAUGUGUAAAUAAAUUAAUAUGAGUUGACACUCGAUACAAAAAUGAAUCAUUAUCAUAUCAUGUAAUUGUUAAACAGACUUUAAUUAAAUAACUCCAUUGAUCGAUGGAGAAAAUCGAAGAUUCUUGUACAUUUUGAAUAUUUAUUUCACUUUAAGUCCUGUACCUUUGAAUAUGACUCAAUUUGUAAAUAAAAUAUUGAUAUAAGAAGUACA